AUGCAGCGUGGACUAGAGCUACUGCCUCCCAGCUACUUCUGUUUAGCACCGCCUUCCACCAUCCAGCCGUCGGUGGUUAGGUCUCCCGGUGCGUUGCCGAAAUGCCUGCCGUCGUCAGGUCCGCCCCCCGCGACAGUUGCAACGUCUUAUCCCGGGUGUUCCUCCACACAGAAGACUGGAAGUAAAGCAUCAUCACAGUCCGGAGUGUACUCUGCUACCAGUGCCGCCGGUAGUAGAGGGAGACCGACAGAAAACGUUGUCGCGGCGUGGCCGACAGCGCAACAGCUGACGCGACAGCUGGCUGGGGGGUGCGGACGCGUCGAUCGUCGCCAAGAAGAUUUGCAGAGAUCUAGUGAAAGUCGCAGACAAGAAGAAAGGAACGACGGCCAACUGCAUUGGUCGCCUGCGAAUGGAAACCGUUCCAAAAGCGAAGCACCUCUGCGGGAUCGCCACCGUGACGCAGCGAUUCCAGUACGGCAGCAUACAACGUACGGCACCACUGGGAAAGUAAAGGCAAACCUACAAAACUCGAGACCUUGUGAGAGGGCAAUAGCCUCUGCGGAACGAAACGAAGAUCAUGGAUUUCGGGACAACACGGAGGAAGCUCUCGCAAGGAAGCUCGCAAUGUGUCAGAAAAUCGACAAGAGUCUGCAGUUUUACGCAGACGUCCGGAAAAAGUGGAGCGAUGGAUCCAGCAGUUCGAACCCCUCACAACCACCAUCAACAGUAGCACAGAACUCUUCCACACACAGCACAAGAAAUUCGCCGAGAAGUUCUGGAGAUCCGCCGCGUACUUACGCAUGCGCAAUGAGCACUCGUAAUCAAGCCCCGCCUACCCAAUCUGCAGCAGCAGUCGAGAAAGAGAGAGUGAGGGCGAGAGAGGACGCUCCCAGAAGUCACAGGGUCCAGAAAGAGCUCUCCAAAGGAACCGUCCAUCACCCCAAGAGAACCUGCGAUACGCCUGGCGGCCGGAAAAGCCGAGAAUACGGAAGAAAACCGACUCAAAAUCAGGCCAAGCCGAGUAGGCCCGCCCUCAACGACUUGGGCAGCCUUCCCUCCCGGUCGUACGUGGACCCAGACGAAGACCAGAGGAGACAAAGAAAAGGAGAGGAGUUUAACGAUUUCGACAGCAUUCAGCAAGACAGUGACCCUGAAUCCGUCGAGCCGCUCACUGGAAAGUUUGGUGAACCGAUACUCACAGGUGCUCGGCCGAUUCUGUCCUCUGCCUCUCCGGUUCGAUCCACCGAGCUCGCCGCCGCUCCAGAACCGACCACAUCGCGACAGAGCAGCUGUGAAUCCGACGGCGUGGUGCGACAGAAGACGGUCGCAGCGGCUCGCAGCGACACCGUCCUAGCGAGAGUCCUACAGGCCGAAGAAGAGUCACGGGCUGGGGUCUCACUCUCACCCAACACCAGUAACGAUCUUGCUAUAGCCAGACAGAUCCAGGAGGACCUAUAUCAACUCGAGGACGAGGAGCCACCAUCUUCUGGAGCCAUCGGAACGGGUCUGCCGCCGACUGCCGCCACCGCAGCCAUGUCCAAGAGCAAUUUUGAGAGUCUGCGGUUCCUCGACGACGACCCAAACUACUAUGGGAAGGGUUACGACAUAGGCAGAGAAUACAUGGUGACUGAGCACAAUUCAAUCUCCGAAGAACAGAAAGGAAGGAAUAGAAACAUUCCCCGCAAGAGCGUCAGGAAAAACAACUACUCCGGACGCUGGAGCGACGAAUAUCGGUACCGGGAUUUCGACAAACGAGGACACCGGAAUCUGCAUGCGGAGAAGUAUCAGCCACACGAGAGAAAGACGUGGGCAGUGGGCGGGACCGGGAUUGUGACGGCCUGCGUGCGAGGCAUGCAGAGAAGUGACGCUCUUUUGGAGAGGGAAGAACUCGACUUGGCAUUUGAGGGUCGCCAGGAGCUGGAGGAGAUAGAGAGUAGCAUUGAUUCCCAGCUCAUUGAGAGAAUGAGUCACCAGUACGAGUACAAGGAGAAACACAGGCCAAAAGACCCCUCGGUCAAGCCCGUCACUGAGUGUGCAGUAUGCUUGGAUUCCUUCCACGUAGGAGACCCGCUAAGGUUGAUGCCAUGCUCUCACACCUUCCACCGGGUCUGUGUGGACAAGUGGCUGGAGGGGAACGUGAACUGCCCGGUUUGCAAGGCCGACUAUCACCUACUGGCUGGGAAACUGGGCUGGACGUCGAUCUCAGAAAUACAGAAGGCGCUACUGGUAGGAUGGCCGAGUUUUGACUCUUAACGCUUGAUUCAGAGCUUCACACUUUGAUUUUUGGACACACAUAUCAUGUGCAUAAUUUUGGUUAUUAUUGCUCAGGCUGCCCACAAGGACAAUGUUUAUGAUGGUCAUAAUUAUUAUAUACUCGUAAUGCUGCUCACCAUAAUAAAAUCUUUCUAUACAUUGCUCUGUUACAUAUUUAUCGCUAAUGUUAACGUUCUGAUGUUGUCUUAGUGUCUUUCUCAGCAUCACGUAUAGUGGUCCAUAUCUUACACAGUUUUCGAUGGUUGCCCACCGUCCAUGCUAGCGUCUGACAUUCCACUCCACAAUAGAGGGCUUGUUUGCAUCGAGAACACUUCUUCACGGAUGUGAUGAGAUCUCCACAUACGCUGCAACUCUCUAGAGCUUCCUCAGACUCACUCCUUUUCCCAAACACCAUCUGUUGGAAGAGUGAUACCGCAGAAGGAGGCCCACCCUGUGGUGUUUUGGCGAGUGUAGCAACCAUCUCUCUCAGUAGCUGACUGCGUAGGUUCGGAUAGUCCUGGAGACACUGUCGUAGGAAUCGAUCUAGUGACUCAGCAACUCCAUCUUCUCUGCAGUGGAGGAGUCUGGGUCCAGGAAGAAAUAGAGAGAGAGGGUGGAUGACUGGAAGGAAGGUUUUUGUAUAUUGUGGAACCUCUCUAAUCCAAUGGGACAGAAGAAGUGUUUGUGUUAGU